UGGAAUGUUCCCCCGGUCUCGCCCGUCUCGUUGUAAACCCGGGGAGGCCGCGUGAGCCCGCCGCUACCACUCCAGACCUGCGAUUAGCGGCAAGAAAAAGGAGGGGAAGAAGAAAACAGAAACGAAAACAGAGGAGGGAUGUGCUUGGUGUUCGUGUGCGACGAGGAGGAGAGGGUUUUGGGGAGCCAUCAGGCGCCAGGGAGCUGCCCUUACUGCGGGGGCGUGGUGAUGGCCACCGACGUCGAGAGCGCGUGGAGGCUCUGCUUCCUCCCUCUCUGCUUCAGGGCCAAGAGGAAGUUCUACUGCACUCUUUGUGCGCGCCGUUUGGUCGCCUAUGCCUAAAGCCCUACCAUAGGAAACUUUAAACUUAGAGGCUGUUAUCAGGUGAAGGAAUCACCAUCUAUUUCUUAUGAGCUUAGAGUGUGUAUAUGUGAAUACCUUUUGGUUGGUUGUAAUUUUCGAUGUUCCUGCUAUGAUGAUGGGUGUGUAAGUGUGAAUUUUUUCUUGUUUUUGUUUUAUUUUUUUGUUCCAACUUGUUUGGAUGAGAGGAGGGCGGGGGGGAACCCAAAGGGGUUUCGAUAAGGAGAGGACGGAAGGGGUUUUCUUAUGGUUGGGAUCAGAUACCUCUGCUCGAAGAAGACUUGGAGACUCUGUUUCCUUUUGCAAUUAUAUGAUGAUGAAUUAAUAAAGCCUUUCCCCUUCCUUUUA